AUGCCUGACCUACAGCCUAGACAAAGAAAAAAAGCUGCUGCUAAAAAGCAACAGAACCAGCCGCCUGCUGAGCCAAAAACUCGAGCUGCCAAGGCUGCCGCUGCCGCUGCAGCUUCUUCUCCGAGUGCGAAUUUGGCACAGGCACGUCAAUUGGUGGAAUCUCAAGCUUGGGCACCUUCAUUUAAGAAUGCUUUUCGGCUAAUCUUUGCUGUACGAUGUGCGGCCGCCUUGUACAGCAUUCUAAGUGACUGCGAUGAAGUCUUCAAUUAUUGGGAGCCUACUCACUGGCUGCAAUAUGGAUUUGGGCUGCAGACAUGGGAGUAUUCUCCAGAAUUUGCCAUCCGUAGUUGGAGUUACGUCAGUUUCCACGCUAUCCUUGGCUGGAUUGGUAGCUGGUUUGCGAAGAGCAAGAUUCAAGUAUUUUAUUUCAUGAGAAUUAUGCUGGGUGCCAUGUCAGCGUUUGCUGAAGCGAGAUUCUACCGUACCGUGGUUGAGGAAAUCAAUGCCCACGUUGGUCGGUACUUACUUGUUGCCCUUAUUGGAAGUGCUGGCAUGUUCCAUGCCUCUGUAUCUUAUUUGCCGUCCUCCUUUUCGAUGGUUACCACCAUGCUCGCAUUUUCGUUCGUGUUGCAGCCCCCAACCUUCUUUACUCGAAACCGUACCUAUGGAGCCACUUUUUUCUUUGGUCUCGGCGGAUUGUUCGGAUGGCCAUUCUGUGCUAUUCUCGGUGUUCCAUUUGUAAUUGAGGAGUUGCUUGUUUAUGGAAGGGAAGUUAUGGUCGAUGAGAAUGACAAGGUCGUGCAAAUGGCUCGUUCACCUUAUUGGAGGUUAAACAGAGCUUAUCGUCUUGCUCAGGCAGUCGGGCUUUCCUUCUUUGCCAUCGCGAUCCCUAUCCUGGCAAUUGACUAUUACUUCUAUGAAAAACUCGAGUUUGUGCCUCUCAACAUUGUUCUUUACAAUGUGUUUGGCGGACCCGACCGUGGCCCUAAUAUAUUUGGUACUGAGCCAUGGUCGUUCUAUAUUGUCAAUGGCUUUUUGAAUUUCAACAUCAUUUUCUUGUUGGCUCUUGGAUCUGGCGUGUGUGUGCUUAUCACAAUGUAUGUGGAUCGCAACCGUGUCAGCAACAACGCUACCCCAGGAUUUGUGGAUGCAGUUUCGCCGUACAUACUGUUGGCUCUAAAACUUGUUCCUUUCUACAUUUGGCUUGCCAUAUUUACUUUACAACCACACAAAGAGGAGCGUUUCUUGUUUGUAGCCUAUCCUCUCAUCUGCUUAAAUGCAUCCAUAGCCUUAUUUUUGGUGAGGGGAUGGGUUCAUCGCGUGACGGGCGUGUUUGGAGCCUCUAUUUCCACUAGACUCUACACUGUCAAGUACACCACUGCAGCGUUUCUACUUAUUUCCACCCUCCUCUCACUCUCUCGUAUUUUGGCUUUGGUCAAGUACUACGGAGCUCCCAAGGAAGUCUAUAGUGCACUAUGGAAUUAUCAAGCUGAUGCACGCACUCUUGACUUUGACUACUUGAAUGAAAAGUACCGCUAUGAUUCUACUAUCGGCGAAAAAACCCUCUGUGUAGGAAAGGAAUGGUAUCGUUUCCCCAGCAGCUACUUUUUACCCAAUGAUGUACGACUCGGAAUUAUCAAGAGCGACUUUGAUGGACUUAUGCCCAAGCCAUUUGCGGAGGAUCUAGAAGUUUUCGAGUACGAAGAUACCAAUUCCGGUAAAAUGAUUUCACAAAAGCUUCGUCAAUUUAAGUUUGCUGGAGCAAGUGUCAUCCAGCCAGGAUUCAACGACCUCAACAAGGAAGACCCAUCUGCCUAUACCGAUAUUUUUCAAUGCGACUUCCUGGUGGAUUCAGAUUUCCCUCUGCGAUACAUUAAUGGCAAAGCGCCUUCCAACUAUGAACCCCGUUAUAUCCAGGACACUGACCAUUGGAACGUGCUGAAAUGUGUACGAUUCCUAGAUGCUGAGAAUUCCGCCAAAUUAUCUCGAGCGUUCUGGAUACCGGGAGUGAAGCGCCUUCAGUGGGGUGAAUACUGUUUGUUGGAGAGGAAAUAA